GGCUUUAAGCUUUUUGAGUACGUCGACAGGCGAGAGGAGUUCUCACUUCCAGCGUCGAGCGGACCAAACAAACAAACAAACGUAGCUCCCCGGCUAACUAGUUAACUAGACCACUAACCAGCGCUUUGUAGGCCCGACAAGAAGACAAGAUGGUGGCCAAGCAGAGGAUCCGAAUGGCUAACGAGAAGCACAGCAAGAACAUCACUCAGCGGGGCAACGUGGCCAAGUCCAAUAGGAACCUGACUGAGGAGAAAGGUGUCGGACCUUGGCUGCUGGCGCUCUUCGUCUUUGUGGUCUGCGGUUCUGCCAUUUUCCAGAUCAUCCAGAGCAUCAGGAUGGGCAUGUAGUGAUGACAUCACACUCGCUGACCAACCAAAACAUUCCUGAACUUUGACCUGCGACCCCCCCCCCCAAACCCCCCUCCCACACACACACACCUUUUCUUACAACGCACGUGCACAGAUGCUCUCUCCCGCUCUUCGUGUUUAUUCAACGUGUCGCCGCCGCCGACCUUGUCACUGUUUGUGCCUGUGUUUACAUGUGCCUAAGCCCCGCCCCCCUCUGAUUGGCCCCUUAUCAGUCCAGACAGGGGGCGGGGUCAAAGUGCGUCUGUGUGUUCUGAGGAACAAAAUGAAUGUGCGUGUGUUUGAGAGUGACAAUAAAGUUUUCACCUGAACACA